UACCACGAGGGCUCUUACUACAAAGACUACAGACAUGGGGACGGACAGUACUGCUGGCCCACUGGACACAGGUUCAUCGGCAAGUUCUACCUCAACAGAAAGGAAGGAUACGGACGACAGCUGUUCCCCGAUGGAGCCACAUUUCAGGGUUUGUACCACACUGACCGGAGGUUCGGUCCCGGUGUGGUUAGUUAUUCAGACGGUCGGCAGGAUGUGGGCCUGUGGGUCGGGCCCCGCCUCCUGAGGCUCUGCUCAGCUUUAGAGGAGGGCUUCAGUCUGAAGAACUGUCCUGAAUAUGCUGCCGACAUGGACCCAGCCGCCGCCACUGAUUCCCUGACUCAGCCUCCAGCUCUCUGUGCCUCUCAGACACGAGCAGACAGAGAGCUGCUGCCAGAUGAGAACUUUAUCUAUCCCCCCGGCUUGGAGAGUUACUCAACCAACGGAGACUUCCUGCCUCUGCCCGCUGGUCGAAGACGAGAGUUGGACCGGCACUUUUAUGGCGAGCUGUGGGAGCCGGACAUUUAUCCGCACCAGGGCUAUGAACGAGACCCACUGUCCAAGUGGCCGUUACAGGCCCGCAUGCAGGCUCACAUACACAAACACAGACGACUGGCUGAAAACGUGUGCUGGGACGUAGCUGCCGUUCUCUCUCUGAGCAGGGGAGGGUUUGGUCCUAAAGGGCCUCUGGAGGAGGCCUCAGAGCAGCUGAUCCGGAGCGCGUCACGAGGGGAGCGACGGGCUGUUUCCCAGAUCCUCAGGACUGGUUUGGUUUACCCUGAUGUAGCAGAUUCACAGGGGAACACUGCACUGAUGGCUGCCACAAUAAACAACCACCAUGAUGUCAUCCACCUGUUGUUGGAUGAGGGCGUUGAUAUAGACAAGCUGAACUGUGACGGGAUGUCGGCCCUCGCUGUGUGUCACGUCCUCUACUUCCCUCUUCACUGUCUGAACACCUCUGUGCUUGAAUCACCUCAAACCCAAGUUUUAAAGAACCCAUCUUCAUGUGGGAGCUGCUCCCAGAUCAGCCAAGCAGACUUCACCACGGACACACUCGAGCUUCACAACAGACCUCAGACCUCUAACACAUCCCUGAGCCUCCUCUCUGACCGGACGGCAGAAGAACCGACCGACCGCAUCCCACUUCACAGCAGCAACGCGUCAAACGACAGUGAGCUGAUCCCUGAGUGUCGGCCUGGUCUCAAUCAACCUGAGACGCCUACAGACACUGAAGUCCCUCUGGAGGAGGACAGCAGGGAGACAGAGACAGAGGGAGACGAGAGGAAAGAAUGCAGCCAUAUGGAGGAGGACGGGGAGAGUAAAGAGGAGGAAGGGAAGACUGAAGAAAAGGAAGUAAAAGGCCAGGAAAGAGUUGUUGGGUUGAAAGAGGAGAUUGAGGAAGGCGGUGAGGAGAGACAUUUUCACAAGGAGGGUGAGGAGGUGGGGGAGUGGAGAGAAUGUCGAGCUGAAACAGCAGCAGACGUUCAGGACGGAGAGCUGACCCACGAGCAGACGUCUGUCUCUGCCUGCUCCGUCAGCAGCUCCACCCUCCAGGACACACAGGAGACUGCACACAAAAUGGCUGCCAUGAAACUUGAAAGAGACGUUCGGUUGGACACCCUGAAGCUUCUGUUGGAGCGUGGAUCCGACCCCAACGCAUCCAAGGUGCCCAUGCCUGUCCUCUUUUUAGCAAUCAUGGCCGCUGACAGUGAGGCCGUCAGGAGGCUGCUGCUGUGUGGAGCUCGUACCGACAUUCCCCUUCCACCUGAGAGGAAAGGCCUUUAUCCGCUGCAUGUGGCUGCAGCACUGCCGGGAACUGCAGGUCCCACGAUCACAGAGCUGCUGCUGUGUGCGGUCAGCGACCCCGACGCUCAGGCGUGCGACCAGGACGACGUCUAUAAACCAGAUAAGCCUUUCAGGACGGCUCAGGAAACACUGAGCACGGACGAGUGGCCGCACCUCAGAGGAGGAGGUAGAACGGCUCUGCACGUGGCGUGUCAGAGAGUCAGUGACUACAAGAAUGCCAGUGAGGUCGUGAAACUGCUGCUCUCACACAGAGCCAGCACACGCCUCCUCUGGAGUGGACACUCCCCUCUCUCUCUGGCUAUAGCAAGUGGCAAUGACCAGGCUGUGGAGGAGCUGUUGAGAGGAGGCGCAGAUCCUAACAUCCCUCUGGGCCGUGGGGUGGGCAGCGCCCUCUGUGCUGUCGCCAACAUCAACUACCACUUGUGUGGCAACAGACCUAAACUGCUGGACGUGUUAGCUGAGGCCGGUGCUGACAUCUUGAUGCCAGUCAUGGUGGGUGACGUCGUGGGAACCGCUGUCGACUUUGCACACGACUCCUUCAACCAGGACUUACACAUUGCCAACACUCCCUUUCACGCUUUGAACCUUCGGGAGAGGGAAACAUUCAUAGCACGGCGCCAGCUGCUGAGCAUGAUGGGAGAUCUGCUGAGACAAACUGCUGUCCAGAGGGAGAAGGAGACUUUACAGAGAGAAACACAGCUCCCUCCAAAUGGGCCAGGUUCCAUUUCCUCAAAUGGGCCCCUCCUCAGAUGUGGAGCUCUACCACACAUUAUUGAAAAACACAGGAAACCUUUGUUGAAGUUCUGCUAUCACUGCGGCCGCUCUGUGUCCGUGAAGCUGACGGCCUGUAGCCGCUGCCACAAGGUUUCCUACUGCUCCAUGGGCUGUAAACUGAAGGGAUGGGAGGAGAGACACAAGGACGAGUGUGUCAGGGCGACAGCUUCUGCCAUUGGAACCAAGAGGAAAGAUUUGUUAAAACCCCCUAAAGGCCCCGGGCCCUUGAGUGACAGGUUGAGAUCCCCGGGAGUCCACAGACCAUUGAUAAUGACAGAGAAGAUCUUAGAGAGCCAAGUCAACCUGAAGGAGAACUACAGCUGCAACUGACUUCAUCGAGUUGAUCCUCUGUCCCAUUCUGUCUUCAACUCAAAUACACUCUUUAUUGCUGAGGACGAUAUUUUGUGCCAUAAUAAUUUCUCAUCGGCAUUGUUCUUUGUACUAGGUCUCACAGUAAAAGUACU